AGUAAGCGGCCUGUGUUAGUACUUCAGAAUGAUCCCCUGUAUCAGCAGAGGCGAUCGUACACCAGUGAGGACGAGGCGUGGAAAACCUUUUUGGAAAACCCCUUGACAGCAGCAACUAAGGCCAUGAUGAGCAUCAAUGGUGAUGAAGACAGUGCUGCAGCACUUGGCCUCCUCUAUGACUACUACAAGGUUCCUAGAGAUAGAAGACUGUCAGCCAACAAACAAGAUCAUGAUCAGGCUGAAGUCGAACACAAUAAAAGGAAUAGCCUGUUACACUUAAAUGAGCAGCCCUUAAUUUGUACUGGAGACAACAGAGUCCAAGUUCUAAAGACCAAUGUGCCUUUUAAUAUUGUCCUCCCAAUUGGCAACCACCUAGACAAAAGAGGACAUCUGAGCUCCCCAGAUACCACCGCCACAGUCUCCAUUACAUCAAUGCCAGCCCAUGGCAUCAAGACAGAAUCCACAAGCCAUGGCUUCACUGUGGACAUCCCAGCAAGUGUCUACCAUGCUGAGCCCGCGGAACGCAUUGUGUCCUUUGAUCGCAAUGUUACCCCUGACCACUACAGCUCCAGCAGCCAACCACCCAGCUCUCAGAGGCGGACUCCAGACACGACUUUCUCAGAGACUUUCAAAGAUGAUGUUCCAGGGGUUUUCUUUCCACCUGACCUCAAUUUACGGAUUAGUAGUGUCAGCUCUGAAGACUACGUUUUUGAUUCUGUUGCUGGAAAUAAUUUUGAAUAUACACUUGAAGCCUCAAAAUCUUUGCGACCAAAGCCUGGAGACAGCACAAUGACCUAUCUGAACAAAGGUCAAUUUUACCCCAUAACACUGAAAGAGAUUGGCAGCAACAAAGGGAUACACCAUCCAAUCAGCAAAGUCCGGAGUGUUAUCAUGGUUGUGUUUGCUGAUGACAAAAGUCGAGAAGACCAACUUCGUCACUGGAAAUACUGGCAUUCCAGGCAGCACACUGCCAAACAGAGAUGCAUUGAUAUAGCUGACUACAAAGAGAGUUUCAACACCAUCAGUAACAUUGAGGAGAUUGCCUAUAAUGCUAUUUCCUUCACCUGGGACCUCAACGAUGAAGGCAAGGUGUUCAUAUCUGUGAACUGUCUGAGUACAGACUUCUCCUCCCAGAAAGGGGUGAAGGGGCUGCCGCUCAACAUCCAGAUCGAUACAUACAGCUACAACAACAGAAGUAACAAACCCAUCCAUCGGGCCUACUGCCAGAUCAAAGUCUUCUGUGAUAAGGGUGCUGAACGUAAAAUCAGAGAUGAAGAACGUAAGCAGAGCAAGAGAAAAGUUACAGAUGUUAAAGGAGCACUGCUUCCCUCUCACAAGCGGACAGACAUCACAGUGUUCAAACCCAUGCAAGACUUGGACACACAGCCUGUCCUGUUUAUCCCCGAUGUACACUUUGCCAAUCUCCAGCGCACCACUCAUGUGCUCCCCCUUUCACCAGAGGAGAUGGAUGGGGAAAGUAACUCUGGUAUGAAGAGAGUGCCGUUCAGUCCUGAGGAAGACUUUGGAACGCCUCCUGCUAAGAUACCAAGAAUAGAUGAACCAAAGAGAGUGCUGCUGUAUGUGCGGAGGGAGACGGAAGAAGUUUUUGAUGCUCUUAUGCUGAAGUCUCCAUCAUUGAAAGGACUAAUAGAAGCUGUCUCUGAAAAAUAUGAAGUUCCCUUUGAGAAAAUUGGAAAAAUCUUUAAGAAAUGUAAAAAAGGGAUCCUGGUCAACAUGGAUGACAACAUCAUUCGGCACUAUUCAAAUGAAGACACUUUUCAGCUUCAGAUUGAAGAGACUGGGGGAAGCUACAAGCUGACUCUGACGGAAAUCUAA